CAGCUCGCUUCUCACGCGUUCUUUUGCCGGCCACAAAGAAGCCGUCUGUGGGUGUGCGAGAAAGACGCCAAGUGCAGAAAAUUAGCGUGAAUCUCGUGCAGUGCAGCAAUUGCAACCGUGGAAUCGGUGCAUCCGGUGUGUCUUUAGUGAGCCAGUGGAAGCGUCGGUGUUGUGAUCUGACAGAAUUAAGCAGAGAUUCGUCAAAGUAGCCUCCGGUUUGUUCCGGACUGAAGUGAUUCAGUGCCGAAGCCCGUGCAGAAUCGGUGGUGCAUCCAGAAUGCAAUCGAUGCAUUCGCGCAACGGUCAGUGCAACCAGACCGGCCAUCGACGCCAUUUCGGUUGAUUCGAUUGUUGCUGGCUGGUAAUGCUAGUGGAAGUGAUUGCCGUGUUGCUGCUGCCUCCCCUUUGACCGGUGGAUUUCGAUUGAGUCAAACACGAAGAAACGGAAACCGGCUUAGAAACCGGCCGGUUGGUUUGUUGCUGGUGCCGGUACCGUGUCGCGUGCCUCUGUGUUGCGGUGUGUCUCUGUGUGUGAAGAGCCUUCAUUGUGUUGACGCUCAGCGUGAGUUGUUGUUUAUUGUGAGCAUAAGUGGCCAACAAAAUGGUUGAGAUGCAGUGCAUCUUGCUGCUGUUGUCAGUGCACCUAGCCUUCCAUACGGUCCGGUGCGAGUUCCAGUUUACGGUGACACCCCAGAGCCGGCAGGUGUACGAAGGUGAACCGGUCGCGUUCGAAUGCCGUGCCCUGUUCGACGAUGAGAUCGACUUCUCCUGGACGCGGAAUGGUGUGCCACUGUCGGUGCGACCACCGCGCCUCUACCAGAACGGCUCCAAUCUGCACAUCCGCGCCGUCAAUGGAACGCUGGAUCGGGGUGACUACGUGUGCCUGGCGACGGCACGAGCUUCCGGUGCCCGUGUCGCUUCACCAGCGGCCCGUCUCGACGUAAUUGCCAUCGCACCGCCAGUCGUACAGCUGCUCAAGCAUGAUGCGGAUCGAGGAAGCAUUACACUGAAAUGCCACUCGGCCAACCUGCUCGAUGGUACAGCUGCCGAUGGACGACCGUUGCCAGCGAACGCUGUUACCGCUGGUGCUACCGGUGACGAUGAGGUGCAUGCCGAAUGGUACAGAAAUGAAAUGAAACUCACGAAAUCGGCUCACAUUGAGGUGCAGCGGCGUAAGCUGCACAUCAGAAAUGUCUCCUCGAAGGACAAUGGUAUCUACAGCUGCAUCUUGGUGAUUACGUCGCGCCAUGCCGAUCCAGUGCACCGGAUUGCCCUGCGAAGUGUUAAGAACUAUCGGUUGAAGUUGAAACCGGGAGCACUCUAUGGAGAAGGCAGCGGUAAGAUCGAUUGUAGCAAGAACCGGAACCUGUUGCUGUGCCGUGGUAAACGUGGGGAACGACAGCUGAGUGGAGCGACCACCAUCGAGGAUCUGGCCUGGGCUAGCGGCAACCUUCCCCAGGCGGACGAACCUCAGCCAGCCGUUCCUGCGCAACUUCAACAAGCAACGGGCAGUACUGCGGCCCCGGUACGGAUCGUUCUACAUCCCGUGACGACCGUCGUCAACGAGAGCCAAUCGGCCAUGUUUAACUGUGGGUUCCGUGCGCUGUCGAACGAGAGCGGUGGUGGAUUUGUGGUACGAUGGCGCAAGGAUGGUAAGGUGAUCCGGAAGUGGGACAGUGCCGGCGAAGUCGGAUCAGCGCUGACUACAAUCGGUUCGGUUGAUGAGUCGUUCGGUGGUACGGAGAGCAGUAACAGCGGUAGCAGCUCUAUGUUCCGGGAUGAUGCUCGAAUUCACGUGGAUCGGACGAAUGGUUCACUCGUGUUUAGCUCGGUAGUGGCGAGUGAUGAGGGCAGCUACGAUUGUCAGAUAACGAACAAUGCGAGCGAGUUCCUGGUCAGCUCGAAGGCCGCCGAACUACAAAUCAUCUCCAAUCUACGCUUCACACCGAAACCACCGACAACGAAGAACCUGGAGCUUGGCUCGAUCGCGAAGAUUCACUGCAAAGCCCAGGGUACCCCCACUCCAACCGUCCACUGGACGGUCGAGGGUAACCGAGGUGCUUCUGUGGAUGCCGCCAAGGCCGGAUCGUCCAAUCCACUGCCCGAUACGGUCGAGGAUGUCAAUGGAACGCUCGUGUUCCGUGCCGUAACGGCUGACCAUCGGGGGAACUACGUGUGUGUCGCUUCCAACAGUCAGGGUGAGAUCCGGGCAUCGGUUGCAGUGAACGUGGUGGUCGCGCCGAAGUUUGUCACGGCACCGGAAGGUACGGUUCAGGUGUCGGAACUUGGUACCGUGCAGUUCCACUGUGUUGCGACCGGUGAUCCUAAGCCAACCAUCCAGUGGGAUAAGGAUCUUCAGUAUUUGCACAGUACGGCUCAGACUGGUGGUGGUGGUGGUGGUGAUGGACAGGCCGGUAAUGGUAGCAGUGAGGCACUGGAGGAUCGUGUCCGCGUGCUGCCGAAUGGGACGCUCGUACUGACGGAGGUGCAUCUGGAGGACGAAGGACGCUACGGGUGUACCAUCGGUAACAGUGCGGGCUUGAAGCGCGAGGAAGUGCAUCUCACCGUGCGACCUACCUACGGUAUGGCCCUGCCAGAGGAAUCGGCCGAAGAUGGAUUCCUGAUUACGCGCGCCGUCCUCAUUACCAUGUCGGUGGCCUUCGCCUACAUCAUUCUGGUGGUGGGGCUCAUGAUCUGGUGCCGCCAUCGACGAGCUGCCCGUAAAGCCCGGCUCGACCUAGGCUCGAAGGAGAACGGCGAUGCGGUCGAUAUGCGGAACUGCGAGAUCGAACCGUGCCUACCGGAGAAAUCCGGCUCCUCACCGGGACGUACGAAGAAGCUGAAGAACGGUUCGGCUGGUGGUGCUGCCGCUAGCAAGGAGGGCAGUGCCGAUAAGGAUGGUGGACAGGAUAAGAGCGAUGAUACGGUGAACUCGAACAAAUCAAAGAAAUCAUCCGGUUCCGGUAGUCAGCUCGAGCAACUGUCCGUUCCGAGGUCCGCCAUCGUGGAGAUGCUGCAGAUUGGCAAGUGUGACUUCGGGGAUGUGUUUAUUGGGAAGAUCCGCGAGAACGAUUGCCGGUUGCCGGCACCAAGGAAAGACGCAGGACCUCAGGAACCGGUGACUGGUGAUGAGGUUAGUGCGGCACCAGCGACAGAAGCCGGUGCUGGCGCUGAUGAGCUGGUGACGGAGAAUGAACGCAGUCGACGGCCCUCGAACGGUGAGCUGAAUGCUAUCCGGCCCGAGAACGACUACAAACCGGUGAUGGUGAAGGCGCUGACCAAGGUGAAGGAUGAGCACUGCUGCCAGGAGUUCCGCCGUCAGCUGGAACUGUUCCGCACCGUCGCCCAUCGGAACGUGGUGCAGGUGUUUGGCCUGUGCCGGGACAAGGAUCCACACUAUCUUCUGCUCGAGUACACGGAUUGGGGUGAUUUGAAGCAGUUCCUGUUGGCGACCUCACCGAAAACGACGCCACCAAAUGGUACCGUCGAUAAGACGGCCUCCGGGGCAACGGCACAAGCGACCAAACCACCACCACUCAAUGUGCCACAGAUUCUUGCGCUUGCCCAUCAGAUCGGACGUGGUAUGGAUGCCAUCUAUAAGGCGCGCAUCAUCCACAAGGAUCUGGCCACACGGAACUGCAUCAUCAGCAGUGACUUCUCGGCAAAGAUCUCGAUGCCGGCGCUGGCACGGGACAAGUACAGCCGGGAGUACUGCCGUCACCGGAACCAGCUGAUGCCGGUACGCUGGCUAGCACCGGAGUGUUUCCACGAGGAUGACUGGUCGAUCAAGAGCGAUGUGUACGCGUUCGCCGUGCUGGUCUGGGAGCUGUUUACCAACGCGACUGAACUGCCGUUCAAGGAGCUAACGGACGAGGAGGUGAUCUCAAGCGCGGCCCAACCGGGCAAACUGGAGCGCCAGUUGGCCGAGGGUACACCCGAGGCGUUGCACAAGAUUUUGACAUCAUGCUGGUCGACCAAUCCGAAGGAGCGACCAUCCUUCAGCCAGCUAGUGGUCGCCAUCGGUAACUGCCUGCAGAGCGAGUAUCCCAAGGAACCGGCGGAAUGAAGCAGCCGCUCUCAUCAUAAGCCAUCGCUACAUUGGACGUAAUCUCGCGCUUCAUUCUUUCCCCUUGGGUUUUGUUGUUGUGUGUCCGAUCGGGAUUCGAUUGUGUCCUCAUACAACCGAACAUUGCACAUUAGGUUUCAAGAGACCCCUUUUCCAUCAUUUGU